AUGCAGACUGACGAUUCUUGGAAACAUAAUGUGUCGUUUUAUACAUUGCAAGCUUUAUUCACCUCAGCAAACCGUCGAGAUGACUUCAUAGCUGUAUCAAUAUGGACCAUAAUGCUACUUUAUGCCUUAAUUUCAAACAUGCUCAUUUUAGCUGGAAUUGCUCGAAGCUCAACUAUGAGAUCUGCCACAAGUUACUGGUUUAUCAUAUCAAUUGCAAUCUGUGACAUAUUAAUGACAUUUAUCUCACUUGGUCAUUUAGUACCAGCUACUGCAUUUCAUGAAGAAUAUGUACAAUUCAAAUCGAUUCGAAAUAUUGUUAUGAUAUUUUUCUACGACCUGUUUUGGUACACCGGAGUUGUUCAGCUGGGGUUGAUGGCUGGAAAUAGAUUUGUUUCAAUUGUGUACCCUAUGGAGUACAAACACAUUUUUUCGCGAACAAGGUCGUUAUAUCUUAUUUUAUUUGGAUAUUUCCUGGGUUUUCUCGUUUCUUUACCAACAUUAUUUGAUUGCUGUCAUACACUUUGGGACUCGAAUUAUUACAUCACAGUGUACGAAAAGCCAGACACGUUAUACAAGUACGUUGACAUGGCUGUAAAUAGCAUAUCGCUGUGCAUGAUGAUUAUUUCCUAUGCGGUUAUUAUUUUAAAAGUUCGCGCGAGUGGACGUGCCAUGGCCAAGUAUCAGCUUACGAUUAGGACAAGGCAACAAAAUGCACUUGUGAAUGGAGUAUCGUUGUCCUGUCAAAUGAGUGAAUGCGGGCGAACUUCCUCAGUUAGGCCGCCAAGAAGUCAAGUUAGCAAAAAGGAAAUGCGGUUAUUUAUUCAGUUUUUCGUGGUCUCCCUGGUAUUCCUACUAACCUGGACAACUUGGCAGUGGCUGCCCUACAUGUCCGAAUCCAAAUGGGCGUACUUUGUAAUGACAUCCUUAUUCUUCAUCAACAACUCGGUUAACCCAACAGUCUAUAUCAUUUUCAACACUCAACUUCGACGGGAACUUCAUUAUCUCAUUUGCCGACAUCAUGUUAUAACAACUGCUCAAAAUAAGAGGAAACAGACGUUGUUUGGGCGCGGAAUCGCGGCUGCCAAUAAAAUUGAAACGGAUUUUCAAAAUAAUACUCGAGACGACGCCACCAAAUCAUUGGUUGAUCAAGCCGGCUCUCUUUCCUCUCAAUCGCACGGAACAAUUGACGAGCAUGUAAGACACCAGCUUCUGAUAAAGAAUUUGGACUACACCGAUAAGGAUACCAAAAUCAGUGCAGUUUAACUUAUCCAUUUUGCUCAAUUUAUCAAUAAUGUAGCAACCGGUUUUUUUUCUUUUUUAAUUUUUUCUUCAUUUUUCACCAGUGAUAACAUUCAGUACUUAAAUUUUUACUUGGUCGGAUCACGAUCUCUGUUUUUUUUUCAUCUUUCUUUCCAACUUUCUUUUUUUUUUAUUCGAGCAUUGUAGCUUUGUUAACUUUUUUCUCAAUUAUACAUUGGUUCAACAAUGAAUGAUAGAUUUU